AGAUCAUGCUUCAAUCCCUUCCUGUUCUUGCCCGCUCCAUCGGAAGACGCGCACCUGCUUUCGCCAGAUCAGUCGCUGUGCGCCAGCAGUUCAGAUGCUUCUCAGUGUCUUCCCUAAAGGCCGCCGAACUCAAGUACACCAAGUCGCACGAAUGGGUUAAGCUUGACAACAAGACUGCCACUCUGGGGAUCUCUGCUCAUGCGCAGGAGGAACUCGGCGAAAUUGUAUAUGUUGACCUCCCAGAAGUGGGAUCUGAGUAUAAGGCGGGCGACAGCUUCGGAGCUGUGGAAUCUGUCAAGGCUGCUGCCGAUGUUUACAGCCCUUUGGCAGGCAAGGUCAUCGGAGUCAAUGACACCCUCUCUUCCGAACCAAGCCUUGUCAACUCUUCCCCUACCGACAAGGGCUGGAUGAUCAAGAUUGAGGUCGGAGAUUCUGCUCCUUUCAAGGAUCUCAUGGACCAGAAAGCUUACGAUGAAUACGUCAAGGAAAGCGCUCACUAAGCCAAUCUUAGGACAAUGCCAUCUUCAGAUUUCUACAAGUUGUCAUUUCCUUGCCCAUGCUGACGCCACACUGUAGCGAGGCAUGUUGCCAGUCGAUGUUCUAAACUUUGUUUAUUGAAAGCCAACCUGCAGUCUC